GGAAGUCGAGGGUUGGUGUCGCGUUGUGUCUGAACCUCACGGUCAGCGGCGACCUCACCUUUCCGCAACUUUAUUCUCGACGCUGCAUUCUCGACGGAUAUUGGGAGGAACCGCGUUGGGGAAAGAGAUUCUUCGCUGAGGGCCUUUCGCCAUGACAGUCUUCAGUGUGAAUGUCAAAUGGGGGAAGGAGAUGUAUCCAGGCAUUGAACUGGAUACUGCCGAACCCCCAAUGGUAUUCAAGGCUCAGUUGUUUGCCUUGACGGGAGUACAGCCUCAUCGACAGAAGAUCAUGCUGAAAGGAGCCACCAUCAAGGAUGAGACUUGGAAUGGUGUCAAGCUGAAGGAUGGGGCAACAGUCCUGAUGAUGGGGAGCAAAGAGGAAGAUGUGCCUGUUGAACCAACAGAGAAAACUGCUUUUGUUGAAGAUAUGACUGAAGCUGAGAGGAACAGUGCUUUGGAACUGCCUGUUGGCAUUAAGAAUCUUGGAAAUACCUGUUAUCUUAAUGCAGUUAUCCAGUGCCUGAAAACAGUUCCUGAACUCCAUUCUUCAAUUACGGAAUUCAAGCCCAAGCCUCCUGGACGAGAAGGAGAAUCCUCCUCAAAUCUUCUUACGCUUGCAGUGGAUUCUGGGUCUCUCCUUACGCUGGCUAUCCAGGAAUGCUACCGUACCAUGGAUAGUGGGAAAACUGCCAUGCCAAUGGUCCUGGUCAACCUUUUCCGCACAACCUUUCCCAGAUUUGCUGAACAAGGUGAGCAAGGGAUGUACAUGCAGCAGGAUGCCUCUGAGUGCUGGAAUGAACUUACCAGACUUUUGAUGCAAGAAGUUCCUUCAAAAGAUGCAGAGAAGACAGACAAAAAGUUUUCAUCAUCCCUCAUUGACCAGUACUUCUCUGGAGAGUAUUCAUGUGAGUGGAAAUGCAUAGAAAGUGAAGAAGAAGGCGUGACACAUAACACAGAUAAAUUCCAGCAACUCAUGUGCCAUAUCAACCAAGAUGUAAAGUACCUACAUACUGGUCUUACAGCCAAGAUGGAGGAACACAUUGAGAAAAGAUCACCUGUGUUAGACCGAGAUGCAAAAUAUGUGAAAAAAUCUAAAAUUUCCAGAUUACCAGCCUAUUUAACUGUAGUUAUGGUCAGGUUUUUCUAUAAAGAGAAAGGAGCAGUCAAUGCCAAAAUUCUUAAAGAUGUCAAAUUCCCAAUGAACCUAGAUGUCUAUGAACUUUGUUCACCAGAACUACAGAAAAAGUUACAACCAAUCAGAGAAAAAUACAAGGACAUGGAUGAUAGGAAGCUUGAAGAAGACAAAGCAAAGAGAAGGGGUAAACCCAUUUCGGAGGAUAAGAAGCCAAAGACAAAGAAACUCCCAUAUUCCUUUGAGGAUGAUUUAGGCAGCAACAACAGUGGUUACUACCAGCUUCAAGCUGUUUUAACUCACCAAGGUCGCUCCUCCUCAUCGGGUCAUUAUGUCAGCUGGGUACGAUGGCGUGGUGAUGAAUGGCUCAAAUGUGAUGAUGAUGAUGUCACGCCUGUCACUGAAGAAGAAAUCCUGAGGCUGUCUGGAGGAGGUGAUUGGCAUUGUGCCUACAUUUUGCUGUAUGGUCCAAGAGUUCUAGAGAUUCUGGAUGAAGAUGAGAAGCAGCCAGCAGCUGAAGAGGUCAAGAUGGAAACGGAGUGAGGGAGAAAAGGCAUAGAACAGCUUUGCAAUUUUAGUCAUCUCAAAUCAGGAGAAUAGAUAAUUGUUGAAACUGACAAGAAGAACAGAUUUUUCACAGAUUUUCUUGGGCCACCAAAUGCUAAUGUAAUAUAACACAAGUACUCACAAGGAGAUGAGUAUUUUUUCUUUUAUGAUAGAAUGUAUUCAACUUCCAUAUUCUUAGAUUCAUGUUUUAGGAGAAUGUGGUGAGGAAGAUAUGAUAUUUUGUUAAUUUUAUGGGUAUGGGAGAGCAUACUCUUAAAUGGCAACGUCAUUGCCUUGUUUUCUAAUUAUUGUUUGUAUGUUCAUCCCAAGCUGAGAAAAUGGUUAAAUUAAACUAUUAAACUCAAAA